UGACUUGGGAAAGUAUAGGAAGUCAGAACUCUUCUCCAGUCCAGAGUAGUUGGAGUUUCUUGCUCUGUCAAAGUCUCAGCCAGCGGAGGAGACUCAGAUGUGAUAGUCUGCAGCCACAGGCUCCCAGCUGGCCUGAGCCAUGGAGGACUUUACAACCCUGGCUUACAAUAUCUUUACAGUAUGGCUCGCUGUGAUUAUCGUGUUUAUAAUGUUACCAUCCAUGUUUGGCAUGUCUUUAGGCAUCUCGGAGGUUUACCUGAAGAUCCUGGUUAAAACCCUAGAGUGGGCCACAUUGCGCAUUCAGAGAGGGUUUCAAGAGCGUAUGAAACGUCAAAUUAGUGCAUCCAAUGGCAUCAUACAGAGAGACGAGUCUCCUAUGGAAGAAGAGAUUGUAGGCUUGAGGCAAAGCCGAAGCCAAUACUUGCAGCGCGGGGAUUUUGAAUUGUCUGAUGCCUUUUACUUUUCCAAGAAAGGGUUUGAAGCUAUUGUGGAAGAUGAGGUCACUCAAAGAUUUUCCUCUGAAGAGCUUAUAUCUUGGAAUCUUCUAACAAGAACAAACUACAACUUUCAGUACAUCAGCCUCCGACUUACACUUGUUUGGGUACUUGGAGUAUCUAUACGAUACUGCAUCCUUUUACCACUUCGGGUUACCUUGGCUACUAUUGGGAUCAGCUGGCUGGUCGUGGGAGCUACACUUGUUGGGCAGAUGCCAAACGGCAGAGUGAAGGACUGGUUCAGUGAGCUGGUGCACCUGGUCUGCUGUCGGAUUUGCGCAAGAGCUCUUUCCAGUGCAAUUCAGUAUCAUGACAAAGAAAACAGGCCUAAGAAAGGAGGGAUUUGUGUUGCCAACCACACAUCUCCAAUUGAUAUUAUUAUUUUGGCUAAUGAUGGUUGCUAUGCUAUGGUUGGACAGGUUCAUGGAGGACUAAUGGGAGUAAUUCAAAGAGCUAUGGCAAGGGCAUGUCCACAUGUGUGGUUUGAACGUUCUGAAAUGCGUGAUCGCCAUCUAGUGACAAAAAGGCUACGAGAACAUGCUUUGGAUAAGAAAAAACUACCAAUUCUCAUCUUUCCUGAAGGCACCUGUAUUAAUAACACUUCGGUUAUGAUGUUCAAAAAAGGAAGUUUUGAAAUAGGUGGGACAAUAUUCCCAGUAGCUAUAAAGUAUGACCCACAGUUUGGAGAUGCAUUCUGGAAUAGCAGUAAAUAUAGCAUGGUAAGCUAUCUACUGAGAAUGAUGACGAGCUGGGCCAUCAAGUGUAACGUGUGGUACUUGCCUCCUAUGACUAGAAAGGAGGGAGAGGAUGCUGUUCAGUUUGCCAACAGAGUUAAGUCUGCAAUUGCUAAACAAGGUGGACUGAUAGAGCUUCCAUGGGAUGGUGGACUAAAAAGAGACAAAGUAAAAAAUUCAUUCAAAGAGGAACAGCAGAAGAAUUAUAGCAAAAUAAUUGCAGGACCUGAUCAUGUUUCUGAGAAAGCUGACUGAGCUGUGUUGUGUGAUGGUCUAUAGACACCAAGAACAAUGCUGGCUUGUUUGAUAUUCUUCAGUACCCUUUUUGUACACAUUUUCCAUAAUCUUUUUGUACAAUUUAAAAAGCAACUCCAGGGGAAUUGUGAGAAUUUUACUGAAGAAGCGUGGCCACUGUAUUUCCAGUUCACGUAAUUUAAAGUAAUUGUUCUGUAAUUUUCUGUUUCCAGAUUGAGAAGUAUUUACAGAUUUGCUUCUUGGCAGGACUAAAAACCUAUUGACACUCUCUUCAUAUGGGGCUAGUUCUAUAUUUCAGGG